GUAUCACCUUCUUCUUGUGUUUAAGGAGAAAAAUGGCGAAAAUCGACUUGCUUUUGCUAACGCUUUGCGCUAUUCUUCUUCUUCCUUACGCCCAUGCGUUUACUGCUUCUGGAUGGACCCGUGCUCACGCCACCUUCUAUGGCGGUAGCGAUGCUUCAGGAACAAUGGGGGGUGCUUGUGGGUACGGUAACUUGUACUCAACGGGUUAUGGUACAAGAACUGCUGCACUAAGUACUGCUCUUUUCAACGACGGAGCGGCGUGCGGCCAAUGCUUCAAACUCAUAUGCGAUUACAAGGCGGACCCGCGGUGGUGCAUCAAAGGAACGUCGGUAACAAUCACCGCCACCAAUUUCUGCCCACCGAACUUUGCUCAGCCGAGCGACGAUGGAGGAUGGUGCAACCCGCCACGCCAACAUUUCGACAUGGCGCAACCUGCUUGGGAGAAAAUUGGAAUCUAUCGAGGUGGAAUCGUCCCUAUUAUCUAUCAAAGAGUACCUUGUAAGAAACACGGUGGAGUUAGGUUCACCAUCAACGGUCGAGACUACUUUGAGCUUGUUUUGAUAAGCAACGUCGCCGGUGCUGGAUCGAUUCAAUCGGUGCAGGUGAAGGGAUCGAAAACCGGAUGGAUGGCAAUGUCGAGAAAUUGGGGAGCUAACUGGCAAUCAAAUUCUUACCUUAAUGGUCAAUCGAUGUCGUUUAAGGUGACAACCAGCGAUGGUGUGACAAAAACUUUCACCAAUAUUGUUCCAGCCAGUUGGGGAUUCGGUCAGACAUUUUCGAGCCCAUUGCAGUUUUAAGAUGAUCGGAAUUAUGGUUUUAUCGACGGCAGCGGCGUGCUUACUCUUUUUUGGUGGAAGCAGCCCGCCGGUCAGAGAUUUUUCAUUAUUGUUAUUUGUUAUCAUGCAAGUUUUAUUAUUAUAUCAUUUGUAACAAUAUAAUUUUGUUGUUGUUAAGACAAGACGUUAUAAUUAUAAGAUUGGUGUUUCUAUAUA